AUGAUGGAGUUUCACAAAACAAUUCUUACCCUUGUUCUGUUUUUCAUAAGAUUUUCAUUGUUGAUUGGAGCUACUUCAAACACUAAGCAUUACAUUGUUUAUGUGGGUCAUCAUUCCCAUCCCAACUCAGAAGCUGUCAUUAGAGCAAACCAUGAGAUUCUUGCUUCAGUUGUUGGAAGUGUUGAGAAAGCACAAGCUUUAUCACUUCACCAUUACAGUAAGAGUUUCCAAGGUUUCUCGGCCAAGCUUACACCCGAGCAGGCUCAACUACUUGCAGAGAAUGAGGCAGUGGUUUCGGUUUUUGUGAGCAAGAUGAAGAAGUUGGAUACAACACAUUCAUGGGAUUUUCUUGCUAUAGAUUCUGUAAACCAAUAUAACCACCUAUCAAUGGACUCGAAAUCAAACAUCAUCGUUGGUGUUAUUGAUGGCGGAGUUUGGCCAGAGUCAAAGAGCUUUAGUGAUAAGGGAUUAGGCCCUGUCCCGAAAAGAUUCAAGGGAGAAUGUGUUACCGGCGAGAAUUUUACACUAGCCGACUGCAACAGCUGUAGGAAAAUCAUAGGAGCUAGGUUCUAUUACAAGGGAUUCGAAGCAGAAUUCGGUGCUCUUGAAUCCUUUGGCAAGCCCUUCUUUCGAUCAGCUCGGGACAGUGAUGGUCAUGGAUCACACACAGCCUCAACAAUAGGAGGAUCAGUGGUUGACAAUGUCAGCUAUUUCGGAAUAGCAAAAGGCACAGCAAGAGGUGGUGCUCCAAGUGCCAGGCUUGCUAUCUACAAGGCUUGUUGGUUUGAUUUAUGUAGCGAUGCAGAUAUUCUCGCUGCUCUAGAUGAUGUAAUUCAUGAUGGAGUUGAUGUAGUCUCUCUUUCGCUCGGUCCUGAUCCUCCUCAGCCGAUUUAUUUUGAAGAUUCCAUCUCUGUUGGAACUUUCCAUGCAUUCCAGAAAGGGAUUUUCGUUUCUGCUUCUGCUGGAAAUUCCGGUCUUCCUAGCACUGCUAGCAAUGUUGCUCCUUGGAUCUUCACUGUUGCUGCAAGCACUGUCGAUAGAGAGUUCCCUACUAAUGUCUAUCUAGGAAAUUCAAGAGUUCUAAAGGGUUCAUCUAUAAAUCCACUGAAGAUGGACGGCUUUUUCAGCUUGAUCGAUGGGAGUGCUGCAGCUGCCAAAGGUAUCCCAAGUGAGAACGCCAGCUUUUGCAAUAACAAUACUCUAGAUAGCAACUUAAUUAAGGGGAAAAUUGUGGUGUGCACUCUCGAGGCUGUCACCGAUAGCAGAAGAGAAAAGGGCUUGUUUGUACAACAAGGCGGUGGAGUUGGAAUGAUCCUCAUAGAUCCUGUGCUCAAAGAUGUCGGUUUUCAGUUUGUCAUCCCCGCUACUCUGAUUGGUCAAGAAGCAGCAAUAGAGCUUCAAGAUUACAUUAAGACAUCAAAGAAUCCAACAGCUAAAAUCGGUAGAACCAAAACAAUUCUACACACUAAACCAGCACCCGAAGUGGCAGCCUUCUCUUCUGCAGGACCAAAUAUUAUAAGUCCAGACAUUAUCAAACCCGAUAUUACAGGACCAGGAGUGAACAUUUUAGCAGCAUGGUCUCCCGUUGCAGUUGAAUCAACUGGUGGAAGGUCUGUUGAUUUCAACAUAAUCUCCGGGACAUCCAUGUCUUGCCCACAUGCAUCUGCAAUUGCAGCCAUUAUAAAAUCCUACCGACCUUCAUGGAGUCCUGCAGCCAUAAAAUCUGCAAUAAUGACAACAGCAACUGUCCUCGAUAACACUAAACGCCUCAUUGGAAGAGAUCCAAAUGGCAUACAAGCCACACCUUUCGAUCAUGGAUCAGGACACAUAAACCCAGUUGCAGCUAUAGAUCCUGGACUUAUAUACGAUUUUAAUUCUCGUGACAUUAUAGAUUUUCUAUGUAGCACCGGUGCAAGCCCUUCACAGCUGAAAAACCUCACGGGACAUAUAAUCUAUUGCCAGAAUCCUCCAAUACCUUCCUACAACUUUAACUAUCCUUCAAUCGGUGUGUCCAGUCUCAAUGGAAGUUUAUCUCUUUACAGGACUGUAACUUAUCAUGGAAAUGGUUCAACUGUCUAUGUUCCAUGUGUGGAUUCCCCGACGGGUGUUAAUGUGGUAGUUUACCCAACUAAACUGAAGUUUACAAAUGCCGGGGAAAAGAAGACCUUUAAAGUCAAACUCACCCCCAUGGCGAGCAGCAAUGGAAGCUUUGUGUUUGGAGCUUUGACAUGGAGUAAUGGUAUCCAUAAUGUUAGGAGUCCAAUCGCCCUCAAUGUAGUUUAA